AUGGACUCCCCCAUCCUUAACCAGCUGUUUCGGCAGCUGUUCCGGCGUCCAGCCUGCCAGUCUCUGCGGUAUUCAUCUGCAUCAGCACCCUCUUCAUCGGGUCGCAGAGCGGCGGCGGGCGUUCGACUGUCCGGUCCGUCUCGUCAACAAUCUCGUCCGUUCCUCACUCGACGCCAGCAGACCAAACGCAAGAAUGUCGACGAUGGAUUGGUAUGGCAUAGAAUAGGGGAUUAUCCCAAAGACAUUGACCAGGAAUUGAGGACCUAUCCGCUGGUGACGGCCAAGGACCUGCGGAGUCGGAAAGAGAGGCCACGGCAGGUGAAGAUGUUGACGAGGGAGUUCAUUGACGACAGUUUAUACAACCCCCACUACGGUUACUUUUCGAAGCAUGCGACCAUUUUCAGUCCCGGAGAGCCGUUUGACUUCAACCAUAUUGCCGAUGGCCCCGAGUUCCAUCGCAUGUUGGGAGAGCGCUACAACGAGUUCGAGGAUAAGCUAGACGAAACACAACCGGAUGUGGCGCGUCAAUUAUGGCAUACGCCGACAGAGCUGUUCCGGCCUUACUACGGCGAGACGAUUGCUCGGUACCUGGUGUCGAAUUACAAAUUGACUCUUUAUCCGUACCACGACCUCAUAAUUUACGAGAUGGGAGCCGGUAAUGGAACAAUGAUGUUGAAUAUUUUGGAUUUCAUUCGGGAUACCGACUACGAGGUCUACCAGCGGACCAAGUUCCGGAUUAUUGAAAUCUCCUCGGCCCUUGCCAGUCUUCAGAUGAAGAAUUUGAUGGAUUCGAUCAACGCCGCCGGUCACUUGGAUCACGUCGAGAUUGUCAACAAGUCUAUCUUCGAUUGGGACACAUACGUGCAUUCACCAUGUUUCUUCCUGGCGUUAGAGGUUUUUGACAAUUUUGGCCACGACGCGAUCCGCUACGACAGAAGGACAGAGAUGCCUCAGCAGUCCGGGGUGUUGAUUGACGCAGAUGGUGAAUUCCACGAAUACUAUAACGCUCAGCUUGAUCCCCUGGCUUCGAGGUUUCUCCGCGUCCGACAGGCCGCCGCACGGAGACCAUAUCCCAGUCCCUUGGGACACAAGGUGACGAGAGGCAUCCGCAACUCCCUACCAUGGCAAAGCCCAUACACUUUGCCCGAAUAUAUUCCCACUCGACUCAUGCAGUUCUUCGAUAUUCUGGACAGUUAUUUCCCAGCACAUCGGUUGAUUGCGAGUGAUUUCAGCGUCCUCCCUGAUGCGGUUCCUGGCUUGAAUGCACCUGUCGUGCAGACCCGUUACAUGAGACGGACAGUGCCGGUCUCUACACCUUUUGUCCACCAAGGCUAUUUUGAUAUCUUCUUCCCUACCGACUUCAACGUCAUCGAGGACGUCUAUCGUGCAGUCACCGGCAAGCUGACGCAAGUCAUGAGCCACGAGGAUUUUGUUGAUCGCUGGGCAUACAUUGAAGAUACUGAGACAAGGAACGGAGAGAAUCCGUUGUUGAACUGGUACAAGAAUGCCAGUAUGUUGAUGACGGUUUAA